AUGCGACCCGAACCGCCUGAAUUGCGUCCUAAACCGCCUAAGCUGCGUUCCAACAUUGCGUGGCGCAACCGAAACACCGCGGAUAUGCGAGAUAGCAUCGUAGAUACGCCAGCGAGGACCUUUGCAGAGCUUCUUUCAGGCCCUCUUCUUGACAUUUAUGUCGGUCCGGACGGCCGCCGAUGGACGCUACAUCAGAAUCUCCUCCGCCACCAUUCGCGCUACUUCGAUGAGAACUCUCACGUCAACGGCGAGCGCAAGCGCAUUCAGGAUGGGCAACUGCUACUGCCAGAAGAGGACCCUGAAGCGUUUGAACUUCUCGUGAAGUGGUUGUACCAAGGUCGUAUCGAAGAUAUCUCACAAAUCCCCAAGGAAAGCCGAUGGGAUUACACUUAUGCUUGCCAAAAGCUGUACCUGCUCAGCACUACGAUCGGGCUUCUCGAACUGGCCAACCUUGCCAUAGAUCAGUUCCGCAAAGGGUGCCAUGACACUGGACUAGUGCCUGGUUCUGAGGAAAUGUUCCCGAUCUACCGAAAGACACCCUCUGGAUCUCCCUUUCGAAAGCUGGUCAGCAGGAUCGCCGCUCGCCAGAUCAUGGACCCAGACAACGAAGUAAAUGCCAGCACGUAUCGGCAGUGUUUCGAGACCAGUCCUGACUUCGCAAUCGACGUUAUCAACGAGAUCCGACAGGGCACUGGUGGACUGCUGCUCGAAGAUCCAACCGAAGGUAAUUCCUGCAAAUUCCACACGCAUCAGGACGGCGAGUCGUGCCGCAAGUCAGUCAAGUUCUCGAACGGAGUCAAAGAAUCUUGA